AUGGCGACCCCGCCGCUCGACGCAAAGCUUGAGGCCGAGCUCAAGGCGGCGUUCUACGCCUUCGCAUCCUUUGGCAGCGGCAGCGGCGGGAAGCUGGUCGAGAUGGAGGGCAAGAGCCUGAUCAAGCUGUGCAAGGUGGACUGCAAGCUGAUGGGCAAGGCGCUGACCACCACCGACAUUGACCUCAUCUUCGCAAAGGGCUGCUCAUACGAGGAGGUGGUGAGGGCCAUUGUGUCUGCCGGCGGCCCGGUCGACGGCGGCACCAAGGCCGAGGCGGUGCGCCUGCACGAUGACAAGACGUGCUACACGGGGGUGUACGCCAAGGGCGGCCCCACCAACGUCGACAUGGACCCCUCGUCCCUGGCCAGCCUUUGCGACCGCUCCCCCGCGGACGCGCGCGGCGUCAAGGUGUCCGGCUCUGGCGGCGGCAGCCGCCGCGCGACGUCGGAGCUCAUCGGCGCGGUGCCCGCGGCGCGGCGCUCGACCGGCGAGUCCGGGCGGGCCAAGUGA